AGCAGCGGCCAGUGAAGCAGUCUCUCAGCAAGUCCCUGUGCCGAGAGUCCCACUGGAAAUGCCUGCUGCUGUCCCUCCUCAUGUAUGGCUGCAUGGGAGCCAUGACCUGGUGCCACGUCACCAAGGUGACCCGGCUGACCUUCGACAGCGCUUACAAGGGCAAGUCCAUGAUGUACCAUGACAGCCCCUGCUCCAACGGCUACGUCUACAUCCCCUUGGCUUUCCUGGUGAUGCUCUACGUGGUGUACCUGGUGGAGUGCUGGCACUGCUACACGCGCAACGAGCUGCAGUACAAGGUGGACGUGGAGAGCGUGCACGAGCGCGUGCAGCGCAUGCAGCAGGCGACCCCCUGCAUCUGGUGGAAGGCCAUCAGCUACCACUACGUGCGCAGGACCCGGCAGGUCACCCGCUACCGCAACGGGGAUGCCUACACCACCACCCAGGUGUACCACGAGCGGGUCAACACCCACGUGGCAGAGGCCGAGUUUGAUUACUCCAACUGCGGGGUCAAGGACAUCUCCAAGGACCUCAUCGACCUGGAGAGCUACCCAGCCACGCGGCUCCGCUUCACCAAGUGUUUCAGCUUUGCCAACGUGGAGUCCGAGAACUCCUAUCUGACCCAGCGGGCCCGCUUCUUCACGGAGAACGAGGGCCUAGACGAUUACAUGGAGGCCAGGGAGGGGAUGCACCUCAAAAAUGUGGACUUCAAGGAAUACAUGGUGGCCUUUUCCGACCCAGACAACCUGCCUUGGUACGUAUCUCACUAUGUCUUCUGGGUGGCAGCUCUGCUGACCCUGUCCUGGCCCCUGCGGGUGCUAAAUGAGUACCGCACCUCCUACGUCCAUUACCACGUGGAAAAACUCUUUGGGUUCGAUUACGUGGCGGUGACGCCGGCUGAGGAGCGCUCCUUCUGCCGGAGGAUGCCCCGUGUCAACACGGUGGACAGCACGGAGCUGGAGUGGCACAUACGCUCCAACCAGCAGCUGGUGCCCAGCUACUCGGAAGCGGUGCUGAUGGACUUGGUGGGGCUCUCUGGCUGCACCAGCUACUCUGCCUGCCGCUACGGGGGCUACCGGCAGAACUGCGAGCGCUGCCACAGGACUAUAAGCAGCUCCUCCAUCUUCUCCCGCAGCGCUUUGAGCAUCUGCAACGGCAGCCCCAGGAUUCCCUUCAGCAGCAGCCGCUUCUCCCUGGGCCGCCUGUACGGCUCGCGCCGCAGCUGCCUCUGGCAGAGCCGGAGUGGCAGCCUCAACGAGCAGAGCUGCCCCACCGAGCAGACACGCCUCUCCAGCCAGGUGACUGUGGAGGAGGAAGACCCCCCUCCUUAUCAGGAUGCCCUCUACUUCCCUGUCCUCAUUGUACACCGCAACGAAGGCUGCCUGAACCAUGACCACCGUCACCUCCAUCGCAAUGGGUCCUGCGUGGAGACCUCACUGUGAAAGCAGACGGUGGUGAGAUCUCAUUGUCCAUUGCCCGGCCCAAGCCGGCGCAGGAUUUGGGGAGAGGAGCACGAGGGGGAUAGCCCAGGAGGACAUCAGGAUGGAGUGGACAUGGCAUCCUGCUCCGGCAGCCAGCAAAACCUUCCCCCGCUGUGGCUCUGACCUCCCCGAGGGGUGGAUGCUGAUGCUCCCCCUGACAUGGCACAGAACUCUCGACCGAUCACCACAUGCAAAAAAAAAAAAACCCAACCAAACCAACAGCAAAACCAUAAUUCAUGGUAUCAAGACCCAAAGGGGGGAAUAAAACAACAGGCCUGAUGCAGGGAGGGGGUGGCUUUGGCUCCCAGCCCUGGCUCCAGGCUGGCUCGUGCUCCAAGGAACCAGCAGCCACCAAAAAGCACCCUGCUGCACUCCUGCCCACCCUGCUUCCCACACUGGAGCGAGAGCCCUGACAGGGUGGAGGAGAGCAGGCCCCUGGAGCAGGGUGUCGCUGCCUGUGACAGAAGGUCAUGGGUGCCCAGGCACGUGGAGCUCAAUGGCAGGUUAGAGCAAAGGCUGAAAGCCACGAAUCCGCCUCUUCCCCUUCCCCCUGCCUGUUCCCCACCCUGUCCACUUUUUUUUUAGACCAUGCUCCGACUGUUAUUUUUUCUCACUGCUGGGAAUGGCAUUGCCUCCAGAGGAUCUCAUGCUCAGCUCCUGAGGAAGUUUCGGUGUGCCAGCUGCUCUGCCAAGGGGAACAUUAUGGAUGUGAUCUCGUCAACUCCCUCAAAAGCAAGCUAACAAGCAAAUUGACCUCCACAGCACCGGGAGAGGAGCUUUCUCCCACAGGAUCACAGCCUUUCAGCCUCUGAGCUCAAAGAGGUCCCAAGGACAGAACUGAACCUGCAAGACCCAUGGCCUCGUGGCCUGCCCUUCCUCCUUCCCUCCUUACCUCAUGUCUGUCUUGGGGGAGGGACAUUUCCCUGUGGAGUUCAACAGGCUCCUCUUCCUGCGGCUCGUGAACAGGCUCUACUAACAGGUAUAUCAUCCACCUAUGCAACUCUUCCAGAAGCUGCCAGAUUUUCAGGAGCCCAUUACAGUGUGCAGCAUGGCCAUCCAGCACUGAGAAUAAGCACAGUGGCUGCUGGAAAGCUAAGUGGGUUUUAUUCCUCCCCCAUUCCCCAGGAAGACUCUUUUUGUUGGGCCAUUUUGUUUGUUCGUUCGUUUGGUUUUUGUAAACUUCAUUUGGGGGAAAUGAAGCUCAUGAGAAAUUGGUGCCCAUCCUGAACCCUCCCCAGUCCUUCGAACUCUGUGAAUGGAUGGAUCACCUACUGUGAUUAUAAUUAGUGGAUUUUGUAGAACAAAAUAACUUCACACACAGACACAUGAGGUUCUUUCACUCUCCAUCAGCACAAGCUGCUUCUGCAAUCUUAGCUACUCACAUUAGUGAAAGAAAAAGCCUAGCUAGAAUGUGGUGAGAUGACGUAGUGCUUUGUACCAGUCCCAUGGUCCCAAUGUCCAUUAGCAGCGCCGUCAGCUGCCGUGACAUGAAUUCAGACUUUGGAUGGCAGCCCAUGAACCAGUCAGGGUGAAAAUUUGGAAAAUCCCAAGCCUGAGUCUAUGCACACUUCCAGAAGCAGAUGCAGGGGGAGGAUCAGCUGAACGCAGGCAUCCCCUCCUGCUCAGCCCCGGCAGGAGCUGGUGGGCUCUGUUUGUGCUGCACCUGCUCCCAGGAAGAGCCUGUCCCCAGGGGCUGAGCCGAGGGGAGUGAGAGCAGCAGUGUGUCUGAUGGAGCAGCACUGCUCAGCUCGCUGGGGAAACAGCAGUGACAGCCAGACCCCAAAAUAACAGGAUUUCACUUUGGGAAUGCCAAUGGCUUUUUCAAACUGAAAUGCCUAACUAACAGCUGUUAGAAGUGUUUCACAUUGCUGUUCCUUGCUUAAAAAAAAAAAUAAAAAUUUUUGGUGACGAUGUGGGUUUACACUCUCCACUCCUUCCAUCUCUGUUAGUAAUGUGCCAUGCUGGUGGAGAAGGAAUGCCCAUGCCCAAAGCAGAUCAGGAUGGUGGCCCUGUGGCUUUGCAGUCGGGUGGGUUGAUCAGGAACAGAGGCCAGAGUUUAAAAUCUUUCUCUGUCUCUGGAGGUGUGAUGUGGCUGUCCACCCAGAUGUGGCAGGGUGGGGUUCUGCAUGCUCCUGCACAGCUGGGAUCUGUGGCCCUGCAGAGGGUUGAUAUGUUUAUGGCUUUGGUGUGGUGACACCCAUCCACCCUUGCAGCAAGGGCUUUUGACAGAGCAUUGCUUGUUCUUUGUGAGAGGAAACUCCUGACCUGAUUUCUGUGAGGAGAUGGUGUGAAGUGUCACAUUUGCUGCAGAGAGUGGCAGGGAGCGGGGAUAAAAGCAUGGAGCAAGCUGUGUUUGAGAACAAGCUAAUCCAUUGCUGGCUGUCUGAAACUGGAGAGCUGCCGGAUCUGCUCCCUGGACAACGCUUUCCAGCUCUUCUCACCCUGCCCAAACCUGAUGUGCAAACUGUCAUUCCUCUGAGCUAGCCAAAGCACUCCCCUCUCCUGAACUCCUCCGAGGCCGUGCAUUCCCAUCAUUUUGGUCCUUCCCUGCUGAGUCCCAUGGAAUGCCAGCAGUUGCAUGAUGACCACAGGCAUGCUGGUGGCCAGACCUCACCAUCCCUGCCUGCGCACAGCCUUCCAGCAGCGCUCCCUGCCCUGGCGUGCCCCACUGCUUGCUUGCUGCAGAGCAACCGCAGCACAUCCUGCCAUCAUUUGGUGCUUUCCCAGAGAAUUUCACAGCACUUGUCCUGAGUUAGAAGACAGAAGGCCUUGAUGUUUUGGUGGUCCUGGUCUCCGGACCAGGGAGGAGAGGAGAGGCAGGUCAGCUGUUGUGGCAGUGAGGGAGCAGGGGACAGCAUCAUGGUGAAAGCAGCAUAUCUCCUGGAGAAGUCUGCAAACGUGGGCCCUGUGCUCUCUGCUGGGGCUGAGGGCAGCUGACUGAGGGCACAAUAGGAUGUGAAUGCUCAGCAACACAUGCGAGGAAGAGAGAUGGUUGAGAACAUCUGUAAAGGGCUUUGCAAAAUGGUGGUUUUUACAGGAGACAGAAGGCAAAAUGGGGCAGGAGGAUGCAGUGUUGGAGCAGUGGUGCUGCAAGGCAGGGAGGGAAAUGGAGCAGAGCAUCCUGAGAAGCUCAGGAACAGAGUGGGCUUUCAAAGCAAUCUGUGCAUGCUCUGGCUGAGGAGAAAGGCAGGAGGUAUUCCCAAGCUGAGGUGCCCAGGCCAUGUCGCACUGCGUUGUUGGAGCAGCAAUGCCACCUCCAAGCCCAGCAGUGACAGCUUGAGCACAUCUCAUCAACCACGAUGGCCACAAGGUGUAAAUGUCACUAAUGAAUAAAUUGCCUUGUGCCUUGGAGAGGCUAAUCCAUCACAGCCAGAGACAGGGAUCUGACAAGCCUGGCUAUUUCAGGCAUACCCUGUAGGGAGGAGGAAUGCUUCAUUUCUGAGCCGUCCCCUCCACCUAGGGAAGCCGAUGCAGGACUUGGCUCUGUGCCACUUCCCAUCUUCCCAGCUACAUGAGCUCAGGCUUCAUCCCUCUUCACUGCAACUGAAGAAGUACGAAAGGAUCUAGAUUAGCCAAAAUUGCCAUGUCAGCAGGGUGGUACACGGGGCUAGCAGGUGAUUGAGGUUGGAGGGAAGCUGCUGGACACGAGGCACAUGUGCUGUAGGGGUGAUGGAAUACAGUGGUGGGUUCCCAGUGACUGGGAGAGUUUGUGUUAGUUGUCUGCGUGUGUUUCAGGGCAGGAGUGCUUGGCACUAUGUUUUAGAAGCGUGCUGUUUCUUCCUCACCCCCCUGUGCUGUCCCACAGGCAGUGCACAGGACCCCCAUUUUCAGCAUCCCCUGUGUGUGAACCCAGCCACCAGCACCCUGGCUGACUGUGCAGAGGGCCAGCAGGUAUCAAACGGGCAGGGACAGCUCAGCCUAGACAAAUCCAGUCCAUGGGAGCAAUGGGAGGCUGAACACAGCAACCAUUUCUGUGCACAGCCUCUGCUCAUCCUUGCGGCAACCUGCUCCUCCUCCCCAAGUCGGUGCUCAAAAUCAACCUGCCAUCCUGUUUGUGACAUAUGCCAGUGUGACACCUUGCAAAUCGAUGCCUGGGUCUCUGUGAGCAGAAACCGCCAGGCUUGGGAAGCUGGCCACUGUUUCCUGCUGCCGUGUGCGCUCUGCUCAGAGCAGCGGGAGCCGGGCUCGCCAUCUGCUGUGGGAGGGAGCCAGCCGGGUGCCCCGCUCCGGCCUGAUGGGACACGCCCCGCUCAGCCCGGGGGAGAGCCCGAGGGCCUUUCCCCCUUCUCUGCCUUCCGGCCAGCCCUGUCUCACCAUCUCUCUGGCACACACCCGUGGGGUGGGUGAGGGGGUGCUCCCAGCCUGACUGCUGAGUGCUGCUGAUGCUGUGUUGGGAGUGGUGGCAGUGCCCAAGCUCACUCUCUCCACCCGACAGAGGCCCACAAAUGGCGCCCCCUCCUCAGAGCCUGCCUUGAAGAUAGACCUCAUGGGAGAGCUAAGGUUUGUUCUGGCCCUGCACUCAGCACAGUGACCAGCUAGUUACCCACCCCGUGGUGGCUGGACUCGGAGCUGACAAGUGACCCACCAGCAGCAGGCAUGUUGACACUCCAACAAUCUGCUGUUGCUGUCUGGCCAGAGUGUGUGGCAUUUGAAAUGGUUUCAACCCUUGCAGGCUGGCAGAUAGUUGACUGUUGGUCUUGGGUGUGGGCAAGUGCUGCAGGCUGCUUGGUUUGGACUUUGCUUUUUGGCCAAGAGAUGGAUGGGAGAGAAGGCAAAGAGUUCUCCAGGCAACAGCUACCUGUCCAGGCAUUCCUGCGUGCGGCAGCCCAGGAGUGCGUUCGAAGGGUGCUUAAGUGGUGUUAACAGUCUCAAGCUGUUAGAAGGAAAAUGAGCAGUGAAAAAAGCUCCUGGAAAGCAAGUUAGAAGUUGUUCUGGUGAUGACAUGUUUUCCCAAGCCCUUUUCUUUCCGUCCCUUGUCCUCCCUGGCUCUGGUGGCCAGUUCCUCAUAUGUCUGCUAGCAUGUCUGCAGGAUCUCAUUGCUGCCCUCCAAGCAUGAGCUUUCAUUGCACAACUGGCUGACCAGCUGCAGCCCUGUCCUUGGAGCCACAGGCAGGCUUGUCUAGGACCAGGCCACCCCCAUUAAACCCCCACCCUCGCUGCUGGAGCUGUUGCUUCAUCAGCCUGAUGCUGAUCUGGGUCUUUUCUGCUGUUUCUGAACAUGAGUUCUCAUCUCAUUGAGGUGUGUCAUCCAGUGAAAAUAUUUUGUAAAUGCAAAUAAAAAUAAAUAAGUAUAUUCAAUACCUCGGUCUCGAGGAUGGGAAACAAGUAGUGGGAGUUGCCCAGGUAGGGAGGUUUCACAGCUGCUACUGCUGGUUAGGAAUUCUUCUGGACGUAGCCCCUGGAGCAUCCAUCAGUAGUUGGGAAGGGACUACACAAACCUGUGAGGGCUUGGGGCUGAGCCCUGUCAGCACCCCUGCUGCCAGGGCAGCCCUGCACUCCAUCCUUUCUGAUCUAUGCGGGUGUGACACGGUGCAGGUAAAGGUCCUGUCAGCCAGGGGCCAGCGGCACCUCGGUGUCUGUAUCCAUCAGGCAGGGCAAGGCAGAAGCGGGUACGUGGUGAACAAAUCCUUUUGUGAACACUGGGAAACGGUUUUUACUUUUCAGCUCUGUCAGUAUGAUCUAGCUCUGUCUGUCUCUCUAUAUAUGUACAAACAGUAUAUCACAAUGUUGCCUUUUUUGUUGGAAAUAUCAAAGUACAAAGAUUGUAAACCAAAUCGGUGUAAUAAAAGUUUCAGAUGAUUCACUGA